AUGUGUAUUAAUACUUCACGCUCGGCAACACAAGCUCGAGCGUGGACACAUAUGCCGCCAGCGUCUCGAACGCCUGUAGGACACUUCCGGUCGACGGCGAAAGGGCGUUCGACAGCCUGUUUCCCGUCAAUAGCGAUCGUCUUCCGGUCUUCUAUAGGAUCUUCGGAUAUAGGCGAACCACGGAUUGAAAUAUCUGCGUUCACGCUCGUAGCCCUCUAG